UGAAUCUUCUGCCAUAGACACUUAAGAUUCCUCGGUCAUCAAUACAGUAUGAUAAAGAAAGGGAAGUGGAAAUCAGUUCUCAUUAUUUAUCACCAAUUUCUCUCUUGAUAAACCCUCUCCUCAAAACAUUUUCUCAGUAGAGUGUUCUUAAUCCAAAUGAAACUUCCAUUAAUUCAGAUAAUUGAGAAUUUCUUGCGAAUCUAACCCGAUUUAGGGUUAUAAGAACUCUAAAUUAUGGCUGAAAUAAGAGAUGCAUCCACUAAGGUCGAUACAGAAGAAGAUAUAUACACUAAAGAUGGCACAGUUGAUUACAGAAACAAUCCUGCUAACAAGAACACCACAGGAACUUGGAAGGCGUGCCCUUUUAUUCUUGGAAACGAAUGUUGUGAAAGAUUGGCAUAUUAUGGAAUGAGCACGAAUCUUUUGCUUUAUUUCAAAAAUAACCUUCAUCAACAUAGUGCGACCGCUUCCAAAAACCUCUCGAAUUGGUCCGGAACUUGUUAUAUCAUGCCAUUGCUAGGGGCAUUUCUGGCAGAUGCGUAUUUAGGCAGAUAUUGGACCAUUGCCAUCUUCUCUAUCAUAUAUGUUAUGGGAAUGACUUUGUUAACAAUAUCAGCAUCAGUUUCGGGACUUAAGCCAACUUGUAUCUCAAAAGAGAAUUGCCAUGCUACCGAUAUAGACAUUGCUUUAACCUUUUUAUCAUUGUAUCUAGUGGCCCUAGGAACUGGGGGGAUCAAACCGUGUGUCUCAUCCUACGGUGCAGAUCAAUUUGAUGAUGCGGAUGAGGUUGAAAAGAAGCACAAGAGUUCUUUCUUUAAUUGGUUCUAUUUCUCAAUUAAUAUCGGUGCAUUAAUUGCAUCAUCACUUCUUGUUUGGAUUCAAGAUAAUGUGGGUUGGGGUUGGGGGUUUGGGAUUCCGGCUGUGGCCAUGGCAAUUGCGGUUGGGUCGUUCUUUUCCGGUACUCGAUUGUACCGGAAUCAGAAGCCAGGUGGAAGCCCGUUGACCAGGAUUUGUCAGGUCAUCGUGGCUUCCUGGAGGAAACGUAGGGUCAACGUGCCUGAGGACACAUCGGUUUUGUAUGAGACCACCGAUGCAAAGUCUGCUAUUGUUGGAAGCCGUAAACUUGACCACACCAAAGAUUUUAGUUUCUUGGACAAGGCAGCAAUGGAGUUGCAGUCGGAUCAUGUGAAGGAAUCCGUAGACCCAUGGAGGCUUUGCACGGUGACCCAAGUGGAGGAAUUGAAAUCCAUCAUCAAACUGCUUCCGAUAUGGGCCACAGGUAUCAUCUUCAGCGCCGUUUACAGUCAAAUGAGCAAUCUCUUCGUUCUUCAAGGUUCUUACAUGGACAUCACGAUCAACAACUUCGAGAUCCCACCAGCAUCACUCAGCAUAUUCGAUACCCUCAGUGUAAUUUUCUGGGUCCCGAUUUACGACCGGAUGAUUGUACCCUUUGCCCGGAAAUACACCGGCCACAAAUCAGGAAUCACCCAGCUUCAACGAAUGGGAAUAGGAUUAGUAAUUUCGAUCUUCGCAAUGGUAUCAGCUGGUGUUUUGGAAGUAAUCAGGCUCGGGAUUGUGCGCAGAAACAACUAUUACGAUUACGAACACAUACCCAUGUCGAUUUUCUGGCAGGUUCCGCAGUAUUUCUUGAUUGGGUGUGCGGAGGUGUUCACAUUCAUCGGACAAUUGGAGUUUUUCUAUGAUCAAGCGCCUGAUUCGAUGAGGAGUUUGUGUUCUGCUUUAUCGCUCACGACUGUUGCGUUAGGGAAUUACUUGAGUUCAUUGUUGGUGACGAUUGUGAUGAGUAUUAGUACGAAAGGAGGGAAACCAGGGUGGAUACCGGAUAAUUUGAAUCGAGGGCAAUUGCAGAAUUUCUUCUGGCUUUUGAGUGUUCUAAGUGUGUUGAAUCUGGGAGCUUAUCUUCUUGUUGCUAAAUGGUACACUUACAAGCGGCCAUUGGGGACUCUUCGUUAGGAGGUAUAGAAUUGGUUUGUGGGAGGGUGUGGUUUGAACUUGUCAAUUUGAUGUUUGUUUAAGUUUCUGAAGCUUUUGUGUGCGUCGAUUGUCAUUGUAAUGGUAAAGGUAACCAACAAUAAUGGGUGAUAUGAAUAUCAGAAUAUGAUAAAGGAAUGAAUUACAAGAA